GUUUUUGUUUUGGGUACUAGACAGAUCUUGGAAUCCCUCUUCUUUCCUUCCGUUCUUUCAUCGACUUUCAUCUACUUUUAAUUCUUCCUUCUCCUCCUUAUCCUCUGUCUAUCUUUCUUUCAUCUCACCAUUAUAUCCUCAUCUAUAUUCUAUCAUGUCAUCCAAGCGCAAACGUACCGGAACCACCUCUGCUACAUCCAAGAAUAGUAGCAGCACCGACACGUCAAGUCACAAGCAGCCUCGUAUCAGCCAAAGGAACACAUUCGCCAAAGACAAGAGCAGCAGUAGAAGAAAAUCUGGUGACAGCGACGACAGGGACGAAGACGAAGGCGACGAUGAGGAACAGGAGCAGGAGACCAAACGUGAUGAACAAGAAAGCGAUCACGCCCACACAGCCAGCUCCACCUCCUCCAGGCGCGAAUCAAAAAAAGCCCUCGCACCCACUACCGAGGACGAGAGCGGCACGGCAAGUGUCGCCAGCAGCAGCCAGUCAAACACACCCAAGUACAGCUACCCAAUCAACCCUCCGCCUGUGGGUCGACCUGUUCGCAUCUACUGCGAUGGCAUCUACGAUCUGUUCCACUUUGGACAUGCUAAAGCACUUGAACAAGCCAAGAAGGCCUUCCCUGAGGUCUACUUGCUCGUUGGAGUCUGCGACGACAAACUUACUCAUGGCCGUAAGGGCAAGACUGUGAUGACAGAUAAGGAGCGAUAUGAAAGUGUACGCCACUGCAAAUGGGUUGACGAAGUGAUCGAGGGUGCUCCAUGGGUCGUCGAUCAGGCAUUCCUAGACAAGCAUCAGAUCGACUAUGUUGCACACGACGAUAUCCCAUACAAGUCGGUUGAUAGUGAUGAUGUCUAUGCGUUUGUCAAGAACCAGGGUAGCUUCUUGCCCACUCAGCGCACGGAUGGAGUGUCGACCUCCGAUCUGAUUACGCGCAUUGUCAAGGACUAUGACCAAUAUCUGAGACGUAAUCUCGAGCGCGGUGUUACGGCCAAAGAGCUUGGUAUCGGAUUCUUUAAGGAGCAAGAGGUCAAGCUUAAGAAAUCAGCUCAAGAUAUUCGUGCUUCGAUUCGACAGAAUUGGCAUGGAACCAAGGAUGAGCUGAGAAACGAGAUUUCCGUACUGAGAAAUGACCUCCGACAAACCAUGAGCAUGUGGGAGGACAAGUCGCAGGAAUUCGUCAAGGACUUUUCGCGGCUAUUUGGAGCCGACAGUGUGGUCAACAAGAUCUUCAGGCGACGUCGGCGCGGCAAUAAUCUGAUCACGGACGGCAAUGCUUCGAGUCCGUCGAACACCUCGUCGAGAAUGGCGUCACCGGAUUCAAGAGAAGGCUCGGAUUAUGAAGACGGCCCAGCGAGUCCGACACAAAGCAGAAGCAGAGAUUUCUUUGGUUUUGGACGGAGCAAUGGCAGUAGUAGCAAUGGAGUGGGCAUGCAGCGUAGUCGCUCUAUCAGCUCAGUAGAGUCCUACGACGAGCAAAGCCCGCGACCAGAAGGCGAAGAGUAACUGUUACAUAUAUCAAAAAGCAGCAGAUUGUAUGAUUUCUUGACACAUAAAUAAAAUACAUUGUGGAUACCACGAAGAGAAGAC